AUGGCCAUCGAUAAGAUUGUAACGGACCCGAGGCUCUGCGCCGUCCUGCAGAUUGCCGACCAGGCACGCGAUCAAGCCAGCGCCCUCAUUAACCUUGGCGAACAAACAUACAGCCAAGGACCUGCAUCGGACAAGGCGCAAGAUGAGAUAUUCAAGCAACAAAGACUCCUUUUCACCACUGUGGCCCAUUUGAAAGGAUUGCACCGAAAUGCCUGCCUUACAGCCCGCGAGACAAAGGCUCAGACUGCCGAGUCGCGUCAGGAAGUCGAUCGCUUGCACCUCCAACUUCAGAACCUUUACUACGAGCAACGGCACCUUCAGGGAGAGAUCACUGCCUGUGAUUCCUACGACCACAAAUACCAGCAAUUGCCUCUGAUUCCCGUGGAAGAGUUCCUAGCACAGCACCCCGAGCAUCAAGAUGAUGAUGAGGACACCUUGAUGGUGGCGCGCAUCGACCACGAACGAGCCGAGCGUGAAGCGCUUGAGCAACAACGACAGGAGCUCCUCAAGCGAAAGCAAAAACUCAUUGCGGAUAACAAACGGCGAAAGGAUGACUUGGCUAACCUUGACAACGAUCUCGAGAAGUUUAUUGAUGCUGCCAAACCAAUCCAGAAACUUUUCGAAAAGGCGCCUUGA